AUGGCGACUACCACUGUGACAGAGACCGUCGAGGCGGAAAAGCACUUUAUUCCGAUCAAAGUCGAUGACUUGCCGCAGGUGCAGACCUUUGAUGCCGACGCCAAUCCAGAAGAUGUCAUUAAAGCAUUGAAACUCGCUGGAGGAUGUAAGGUCAGAGGAGCAGUUGGCAAGGACAUUCUAGCUCAAGUCGAGCGUGAUCUCCGUCCUCAUAUCGAAGCCGAUGUCGUGUGGGAGGGCGAUUUCUUCCCGAUCCAAACACGUCGUGUUGAGGGGAUGAUUGGAAAGAGCCCGAUCUGUGCUGAGCAUAUCAUCAAUCACCCACUAUAUCAAGCUGUCUGCAAGGAGUUUUUGACCAAGAAGAAUUGGUACUGGGCUGGUGACAAAAAGAUCUUUGCAACAUCCGAUCCCCAGCUGAACAAUUCCAUCUGUUUCUCCAUUGGACCCGGAGCGUUCAAUCAACCCUUACACAGAGACAGCUGGUGUCAUCAGACGAAUGAAACCGAAGAGGCAGUGUACCCUGACAACUAUGAUCGCGAAGUUGGGAUUGGGUGGUUUGUUGCUGCAAAGCCGGCAACCAAAGAGAACGGCGCCACAAGAUUCAUACCUGGAAGUCACCUUUGGACGAAGGACCGACCACCGCAAGAGGAACUUGCCGUGCACGCGGAUCUGGAGCCAGGUGACGCCUUCAUGAUGUUGAGCUCGUGCUUUCACGGUGGUUCGGCCAACAAGACCACAGAUCAAGAACGGUUGGUUUUCAGUUGCUUCAUGACCAAGGGUUUCUUGCGACAGGAAGAAAAUCAGUACCUUGCUAUCCCCAAGGAAGUCGUGUUAAAAAUGCCGGUUCACAUCCAACAGUUGAUGGGGUACAAAUUGAGCCAGCCAUUUUGUGGAUGGGUGGAGAGUGAUGAUCCACGUGUAGUCCUUGAUCCAUCAUUGAAAGAUGAUCCGUCUGGACAUUACGACGAAGAUAACCAUUAAGCAUUGUCAGAUGUACGCAAGAUGCAGGAAGGAAAAGGAAGGAUGAUCUUUUGAACGGGGGCUGGACCCUUUUGUCAUCUCAGUCUAGCCGAUUUGGCUUGGCGUA